UUUAAUUUCAAUGGUGGAAUUAGGGCAGGAGACGGUGGAGUUCUCGACUCUGGUGAGUCGAGCAGCAGAGGAAUCGUAUCUGUCGCUGAAGGAAUUAGUGGACAAGUCGAAAUCCCCCGAACUCUCCGAUUCCGAGAAGAAAAUUGGCAUUCUCAAGUACUUGGUGAAGACUCAGCAGCGAAUGCUCCGUCUCAAUGUUCUCGCCAAGUGGUGUCAGCAGGUUCCAUUGAUACAAUAUUGUCAGCAGCUGGCAUCAACUCUAUCCAGUCAUGAUACAUGCUUCACCCAGGCCUCAGAUUCAAUGUUUUUCAUGCACGAGGGGUUACAACAAGCUCGUGCUCCUAUCUACGAUGUUCCAUUUGCUACUGAAGUUCUGCUAACAGGAACAUACCAGCGAUUACCAAAAUGUAUAGAAGAUGUAGGUAUUCAAAGCACAUUGACCGAAGAUCAGCAGAAGCCAGCUUUAAAAAAGUUAGACACCCUCGUGAGGUCUAAAUUACUUGAAAUUUCAAUCCCCAAAGAAAUUUCGGAAGUCAAAGUUUCUGAUGGUACUGCAUUGCUUCGUGUGGAUGGGGAAUUUAAGGUUCUAGUAACCCUUGGUUAUCGAGGACACCUUUCAAUGUGGAGGAUCUUACAUAUGGAGCUGCUUGUUGGUGAGAGAAGUGGGUCUGUCAAGCUGGAAGAAUUGCGACGGCAUGCUCUUGGAGAUGAUUUGGAGCGCAGAAUGGCUGCUGCAGAAAAUCCAUUUUCAACAUUAUACACUGUUCUCCAUGAGCUUUGUAUUGCACUUGUCAUGGACACCGUCAUAAGACAAGUGCAGGCCCUUAGGCAAGGCAGAUGGAAAGAUGCAAUUCGGUUUGAGCUUAUAUCUGAUGGUAGUGUUGGACAAGGAGGGAUUGCGGGUUCUAUGCAGAUCACUCAAGAUGGUGAAAUUGAUUCAGCAGGUUUACGAACUCCUGGAUUAAAGAUUUUAUACUGGUUAGAUUUUGAUAAAAUCUCUGGAACAGCUGAUGCAGGAUCAUGCCCAUUCAUAAAAAUUGAACCUGGGCAAGAUUUGAAGAUAAAGUGCCUUCAUAGCACAUUUGUCAUUGAUCCUCUAAUGGGAAAGGAGGCAGAAUUUUCUCUCGAACAGAGUUGCAUUGAUGUUGAGAAGUUGCUGCUCAGAGCUAUAUGUUGCAAUAGGUAUACUCGUCUGCUUGAAAUAUUCAAAGAACUGCUGAAAAAUAGUCAGAUUUGUCGAGCUGUAGGUGAUGUUCUUCUUCAAAGCCUCCCGGAUGAACCUGGUGCUGACUAUGAAAAGAAGGAUAGCAAAUCCAAUGCUAGGGAAUAUGAAGGGCAGGAAGUACUACGCGUGCGUGCCUAUGGCUCAGCAUUUUUCACCCUUGGAAUAAAUAUAAGGAAUGGACGCUUUCUUCUUCACUCAUCCAAGAAUAUCAUUACAUCUUUGGCACUGCUUGAAUGUGAAGAAGCUUUGAACCAGGGAAGCAUGACUGCAGCUGAGGUGUUUAUAAGCUUGAGAAGCAAAAGUAUUUUGCACUUAUUUGCUUGUAUUGGCAGGUUUUUAGGCCUUGAGGUGUAUGAACAUGACUUUUCUACUGUGAAGGUGCCAAAAAGCCUUUUGAAUGGGUUGAAUUUUUUGCUAAUGGGAUUCCCAGAAUGUGGGAGCUCUUAUUUUUUGCUGAUGCAACUUGACAAGGAUUUUAAACCUCUUUUUAAAUUACUAGAGACUCAGCCAGAUCAGUCAGGGAAAGCUCAAUCUUUUGGUGACUUAAAUCAUGUGAUUCGAGCACAAGAUGUUGAUAUUGGGGAGAUGCAUAUGCUCGAAGAUGAUCUCAAUUUGAGCCUUCUUGACAGUGGGAAGUUGAAAUCAUUUUUGUCUAGUGAUUUGGGCAGUAAUCAGACUUCUGAACUUGGUCUUCUUUCUGAGUUCAGCCUUGAAGGUUCUAUGCACAGUUCUGGUCUUCCAUCAAGUUUUACCACUAUUGUCGAUGAAGUGUUCGAGCUUGAGAGAGGGUCGUCUGUCCCUUCUUUCUCUGUUCAGACUGUUUCUUCAAUGGGUAAUGCUUCUCCUGUUUCUCAUUAUGGCUCUGCUCCAAUGAAUCUUCAUAUUAUGAAAUCUGGAACAUCCUCUCCUAAGUGGGAGGGAGGAACACAGGUAUCACUGCUGAAUAAUGUCACAAAAGUUUCUAGUGUAGCACCCAAUUACAAUGGUUCCAUUUAUGCAUCAAGCAAUUUGAAGGGCAUGAUACAGUCCAGUUCUGUCAACUCAAUAUCCUCUGGCCCAGGAAGGAGCAUGACUAUGAAGAAACUAUCAGCUUCAAAAUCUGAUCAGGAUUUGGCUUCUCUUAGGUCUCCACAUACGGCUGGAGUUGGUUCUUAUACCAUAAUGGACGAAGAUCAGCUUGAUGUAUCCGGUAAUCGUUCAGCUCGCCUAUCUUCUAUCCGACCAACUGGCUCUCGGGUUUCCGCAUCAAUUGCAAAAGCAAACAGGCACAGCCACUCGCCUGAUGGGGCUCUAGCUGGAUCUUCUCGAGUACCUGGAGCUAGCUCGUUGGUUACAACUCCCAUGUGUCAAGCAUUGGAUUCCACAGUUUGUCCGAGCCCAAGUCUUGAUGAUGCUGUUCCUAGACAUGAUAAAACAUCAAAAAAGCAUACAGUAUCAGAUAUGUUAAAUUUGAUCCCGUCACUCCAAUGUUUAGAGUCCAAUGUAGGAUUUUGCAAGAGAAGGAAAAUCAUUGAGUCAGCUAGCAUCCACCAGCCUUCAGCACAGAAACUCAUUUCAUCAGAAAUUAUUGGAAAAACUGAGGGAUAUAGUUAUGCGAAUCUUAUAGCUGAUGCAAAUAAAGGCAAUGCACCCUCAAGUAUAUAUAUUUCAGCACUUCUUCAUGUUAUCAGGCACUGUUCACUUUGUAUCAAGCAUGCCCGACUAACUAGUCAGAUGGAGGCACUUGACAUUCCUUUUGUCGAAGAAGUGGGUUUAAGAAAUGCAUCCUCGAACUUAUGGUUUCGACUCCCAUAUGCCACAAAUGAUACCUGGCCACAUAUAUGCUUGCGACUUGGUCGACCUGGAAGCAUGUAUUGGGAUGUCAAAAUCAAUGACCAGCACUUCAGGGACUUGUGGGAACUUCAGAAAGGGGGCAAUAGUACUCCUUGGGGUUUUGGUGUUCAGAUUGCUAACACUUCUGAUGCAGAUUCUCAUAUCCGUUACGAUUCCGAAGGUGUUGUUCUGAGUUACCAUUCUGUGGAGGCUAAUAGUAUUAAGAAGUUAGUUGCGGAUAUCCAAAGGCUUUCUAAUGCUAGAAUAUUUUCCCUCGGAAUGCGGAAACUACUCGGUGUUAGGUCUGAUGAGAAAGUGGAAGAAAACAAUGCAAAUUCUGAUGUUAAAGUGCCAGGUGGAGUGAAAGGUGCUGUUGAGGUUGCUGAUAAGUUUUCAGAACAAAUGAGAAGGGCGUUUAGAAUUGAGGCAGUUGGACUGAUGAGCUUGUGGUUCUGUUUUGGCCCUGGAGUCCUUGCUCGCUUUGUUGUUGAAUGGGAAUCAGGUAAAGAGGGCUGCACGAUGCAUGUUUCCCCUGACCAGCUUUGGCCUCAUACCAAGUUUCUAGAAGACUUCAUUAAUGGAGCUGAAGUUGCAUCACUUUUGGAUUGCAUUCGCCUUACUGCUGGACCCUUGCAUGCUCUUGCAGCUGCAACACGCCCUGCGCGAGCUGCUCCUGUUUCUGGGGUCCCUGGUGUUGCAGCUUCUGUUUCCGCUGUCCCAAAACAGAGUGGCUACAUGCCAUCUCAGGGGCACUUGCCAAGCAUUGCAACUGCAAAUAUCAAUCAGGCUUCAUCUGGUACUGGAGGGAAUCCUGGGGCAUCUACCACUGCAGGUCCCCUUGGAACUCUCAACCAUCCUGGUGCUGCAAUGUUGGCUGCUGCUGCCGCUGCUGCAGGGAGAGGUGGCCCUGGCAUUGUUCCUAGCUCACUGUUGCCAAUUGAUGUCUCUGUUGUACUGCGUGGCCCAUACUGGAUUCGGAUCAUAUACCGAAAAAAUUUUGCAGUCGACAUGCGGUGUUUUGCCGGAGAUCAGGUUUGGUUGCAACCUGCUACACCGCCAAAGGGAGGUCCUUCAGUUGGAGGAUCAUUACCUUGUCCACAGUUUCGCCCUUUCAUUAUGGAGCACGUUGCUCAGGAAUUGAAUGGCAUAGACCCUAAUUUUACGGGUACUCAACAGACAGUUGCACUGGCAAAUUCAAACAAUUCAAAUCCAAGUGCAGCCCCACAGUUGCCAGCUUCCAACGGAAACAAAGUUAACCUCCCAAACUCUGCUGGACUGUCUCGUUCAGGAAACCAAGUAACUGGUCUUAAUCGUGUAAGUAAUGGUCUCUCAGCAUCCUCGAAUUUGGCUGUGGUAGGCUCAGGGAUGCCUUUACGUAGAUCACCUGGAGCAGGUGUCCCUGCUCAUGUGAGAGGAGAACUGAACACUGCCAUUAUUGGACUUGGGGAUGAUGGAGGCUAUGGUGGUGGAUGGGUUCCGCUACUGGCUCUGAAGAAGGUUCUUAGAGGUAUUCUCAAGUAUCUUGGAGUACUAUGGCUAUUUGCACAGUUACCAGAACUUUUGAAAGAGAUCCUCGGAUCAAUUCUGAAGGACAAUGAAGGUGCACUGCUAAAUCUUGAUCAGGAGCAGCCAGCUUUGCGUUUUUUCGUGGGGUAA